ACAUCCUCAACUCUGCCAUCUUAAAUGUUACCGUCUUGAAUUACGAUGCCGUGAGAUGUGACAACAUUAUUAUACGAUAACAUUAAAAAUAUGAUCUGUCAAUUUAAAGCGGAACCAUGAAAAGACUUCUCGUCCUGAAAGAAACUAGUACUGGUUGUAUUGAUGAUCAGACACAGGUUGUGCCAUGAAAAAGGAAUAUAUAUUUUUUGGGCUAUGACUGGGCCUUAACCAGCUUCAGGUAUCCACAAGAUGUAGUAUGCUAAGUAUCUAAAAGGACUGCUCUUACGUCUGACUUUACGUUUCACCUUAUGGACGUUACACAUAUACUUGCAGUGGCAAAACAGAUGAAAGAGCACCACACAAUCUUUUUUUUUCUACUACUAUGUCCCAGGAGUCUAAUGACGAAAAAAAAAUUGGUUUCAUCUCAUGACAGAGAUCACUAGAUACAUCAUAUGGGAUUUUAAAGUCAAGUCCUCUCCUCAUCAAAGAAAAUAUUUUUGACGCCGGAGAUAACCAUUGCAUGACCAGGAGAAAACAAAAGCUGUGAAAGGCACGGGACGGUUAAAGGUUCAGGCUCAUUUGACCAGGCAUGGCAUGAAGACAAAGCAAUCCCUGGCAACCCUUGAGAACUGAGCCACAGACACUGGCAGCAGAAACAGGACAGAGCCACAAAAGCCUUUUGUCUCAACAGCGCUGCUCUCAGUUUUUAAAUGAGCGUGGUGCUAUGAGCAGUAGCAACACUGUAAUCAUGGAUUGGAGGGAUUAUCAUCAAUAACUGGUGUCAAUCCUAUGGAUGAUUCUCUAGAAGGAAAAUAUUAUUUUUUUGGAAAAAAAAAAGAGGAAAAUUGCUUUUGUUAAAGGAAAACAUUAUUAUUAUUACUGUUAUUUUGCUAAAAAGGAGCAAAUUCAGCGCCUAAAGACAGAACUGUCAUGAAACGGCAUAUAAAAGUGGUGGACAACAAAGGAAGCCAAUUCAUUGUAAACUAUUAUUGUUGAUUCAUUUUUUUUCUUUUAAAUACAUAUUUGUGAUUGGGAUGAACUGAUACUGCAUGUCUUGGAUCAUUAAGCAAUAAUUUAGCAACUGGAUAUAAACAACCAAGUUUAAGAAGACUGAGGAAUUCUGCAAUUUACACUGGGCAGUCAAAGUGAUGAUAUCUUUUCCUGGCUUCUCUUUGAAGAUGGAAGAAAGUCAUUAGACAAGUAAGACAUUCUGUUUGUGUAAAUCUAAAGCGGAAUUGUGGGUCUUAUGUAACAUUUCAAAAAAAAAAAAAAAAAAAAGGAGAGUAAAAAAAUACCACACUAGGGAACACUUCAAUAAUGAGUAGAUACAUUUCAUCAGUAGCAAUGAACACCACAGAAAACAUCACCACGGUGCUACUGGCUCCUGUUGCCACAGAGGCCAUGAACAACAGUGGGGCCAACAGCACUGCCUGCUCUAUGGUCAACCUUCAUGUGUACAUUCCUAUAAUUUUCUGCGUCGUUGGAAUUGUGAUGAACUUUGUGUCACUUCUGGCCAUAAUUCAGAUGAUGCGGGACACUUUCUACUAUCUCCUGGCCAACCUCUGUGUGGCAGAUAUUUUGAUUCUUAUAUCGGCUGCUGUGGCAUACGAGUACCAUGAUUAUAGAUACUACUGUGGAGUCACACCAGAUGAAUUGACAGAGGUGAUGUGCAUGAUGAACCUGCUGUAUUACCUCUUUACCACCAUGAUCUACAGUUCUGCCUUAACCACGGUCUCUCUCGUUGCCUAUCAGAGCAUCACCAUCUUCUGUCCCUAUACCUACCGCCACUUUACCAAGCGCUCCCGCACAAUCUUCAUCAUCGUGCUCAUCUGGAUCGUGUCCUUCCUGCUGGGGUUUGGCCCCUACAUGCACCUUGCGCGUAUCAGUAUGGAUGAAAAUAAGGACAUGUCGUACCGAGGAAUCUGCCAGCUGUAUGUGAACGACCCCAGUUAUAAUUUGUCCGAGAACAUUGUGCUGGGCGUGACCAUCAUAGUAUCUGCCCUGACAGUGCUGGUCCUGUAUGCCAAAAUAUUCCUCCUCGUUCGCCAAAUGUCCCACCGUGAGAUGCCGACCCAGACCCAACACAAGGUCAAGGUCGCUGGCACCAUGGUCCUGAUUUAUGGCGUCCUAGUCUUAUUCUGGAUCCCACACGCUCUCAUCCUGACAAUCUCUUCCAUAUCAUCGGAAUCUCCGGAUCCCGAACUUAAAGAGCGUUUAAUGAUAGGGCAGUAUACGACCAUGACCCUCUUGGUCUGUAAUGCUCUCAUGGAUCCAAUAAUUUACGGAGUUCGCCUACCAGGCAUCCGUAAGGGCUAUCUGAAGCUGUGUCGCGCACUACACAUCACCAAUGAUUACAAAGCAACAAAAUGCUUCUGCUCUGAUCGCUAUGAGCGCGACAGAAAUACUCACUUGGACAUGACAGAGACAACAAUGGCAGUGCCGAUGCACAUGACACAUCUUCCCAGUCAGGGCAAGGUUGUGUACACACAAGUGAAUGGGCUCUCCCAGGAGACGCCGAAUGGAACUUCAGAAGAAUUGACCAAAGAGGACAGCAUUUAACGAUGCAUAUUUGUCCAAAAAAUGUUACGUACUGGGAAUGGACGUUCAACGUUCCCUUAUCAGGGGCGAUUGAGGCUGUCUUCUGGGUCUUCGGGAAGACAAUCAGAUUUUCAAGUUUAUACUAAAAGGUUUCUAAUUUUUUUU